AUGAGUAGACAACGUAAGUUGUCGCAUGCUGGCCGGCGAGAUGGCUCAGUGGUUCAAAUGCUCGCUGAGUUAAACAUCUCAAUGGCUAUCAUAUACUCAGCGUAUAUGAUGCGGUGCUUGCGCGUGCACAUAAAUACAUGUGUACGCCGUGUGAAAAGGAUAAACAGCCUUUGUGGCGAAGAUGACAGCUUCAUUUCGGAAUUAAAGACCACGGAAGAUUUCGGAUUGAAGCUUUGUGAAGAGUGUCUUCAAUGCAGCAAAGAUAAACUGCACCAGCUUAUUAUAAAGGAAAAACCAGGAAAUCUAGAUUCAAAUUUAGCAACAAAUGCUGAGUUGUCAACCCAGACUCAAGUUAUAAUCUCUAAACUGAAGUCCUUGGAUGAUGCCAUUGGCCUACAAAAUAAUGCGGUUAAAGGAAAAGUUGAUAAGUUGUCAUUAGAUGUCAAACAGGUACAAAAAACAAUUGUUGAUACCUCAUCUAAAAUUGAAUUUCUAAAUGACAGAGAAAAGAGGAGAAAUAAUGUGAUCCUAUAUAAUUUGCAAGAAAAAGGGGUUAACCCGAAAGAGGUUGUUAAAAAUUUAUUGAAAGAAAUAUCAGAGAUUGAUUUAGAAACAGAGGGAAUUGAAAUUUCUAGACUGGGCAAAAAAAUGGAAGAUGAUAAAAAAUCUAGACCAGUUUCGAUUCAGUUUGCAAACAUAAAUACCAAAAAUUUGCUGCUUGCAAAUUGUUACAAACUCAAAAAAUCAGCAAUUUUUAACAAUGUAAUCGUCAAUCAUGAUCUUUCCAAGGAAGAAAGAAGUAACAACAGAAAACUUUUGGAAGAAAAAAGGAAAGAAAUAAGUGCCAAAGAGGACAUAACAAAAUGGUCAUUCAGGCUCAAAGGAAAACCAGAUACUUUGUCUAAUAAGUUUGAAGAUUUACAAUCCUUGUUGGGAAGUUUAAAAUGCCUUAAUGGAGGUGAAUCCCAAAAUUUUAAAAAUAAUAGAGUUUUGUCUGAAUACAAUUUGCAGGGGUACUCAAGUUUGGCAUCUGGGUUUUCUGAUGUUGUUAGGAGGGGACUUUUGCUGUUUUUCAAAAAGUCUUUGUUGGUUUCAGAAGUUGGUAUGGUCUCGGAAUUCAAAAAAUAUAUGACAGUGAAGCCAACAAGAUUUAGAUUUGGUCAGUCUGCAAAUAUAUUGGAUUUAGUGAUUUCAUCACAAGAUUUUGUUAAAAACGUGAAAUUUUAUUCACCUCUUGGAAGCAGUGAUCACGCUGUGGUUGAAUUUAUGAUUGCUGAUAUGAAGAACAUAAUAAAAGAUAUAUAG